AACAUCAAAAAGUGCCACGGCCAACCGUCUCAUCCGGAACAGACCGAACAUCACCCUGGAAAAGAAACGAGGAAAUCAAGAAGCGGGAAAAAACCAAAGGAAAAAAAAAGGGAGGAGGGAUAAGGCAAAGCGGUCAAGCUUCAAUCUCAUGUCGCUCCCCGCAAAGCGUCGUCGCGUCAUUCUUCCCGCACCGGGCGCCCAACCCUCCGGAUCAUUCCCAUCAACCUCGUCAACACUGGUAGCAACGCCAGCUCACCAGCCCUCCGCCUCGGGACGCGGAUCGAUCGGAGGAAGUGGGAGUAGCGAGGAAUCGUUGUUGGGAAACGACACGAGUCGCGAUCUUCAAUCUAGAAGUCAGAGCAUCGACUCAUCCUCAGCCGAUGCCAAGAAGCCCAGGACCGCUUCUAAAAGACAGGUUAUUGCAGUUGCUUGCGAUAACUGCCGCCGGAGAAAGGCAAAGUGCGACGGCCAUCGGCCAAAAUGCCAACACUGCUCCAAAAGGGGCGUCGAGUGCCAUUAUGAGGCCAACCAGGGCGAGACCGUGAGUCUCGCGCUCAAGCGCAAGGCAAACGAUCUCGAAAGCGAAAAUGUACAGUACAGGGAACUUUUUCGCAUGGUCUGCACCAAAUCCGAGGACGAAGCAAAGGAGAUUUUUCGCCGCAUACGCUUGUCCGGUGACCCCCUCAGAGUCCUCGAAUCCAUCCGCCAGGCAGAGAUUCUGCUCCCCUCUCUCCCCGUCAAUGACCGCGUGAGCGAUUCGCGACUAGCAAAGCUCAACGAAAGAGCAAUGGAAAGCAGCCUCCUCCGCGUGCCGGCAAAACCCUGGACCACCGUUGCAGACGAUGGCAUUGUCUCCGAGUUGAUCACCGACUUUUUCAGCUGGGACAAUGCUAGUUGUUUUCCCGCCAUCGAGCAGAACUUGUUUCUCGAGGAGAUGAGGUCCGGGAAUAUCAAGCGCGCAAAGUGGUGUUCCCCCAUUUUAGUGAAUGCAAUGUGUGCAGUCCGUGCUCCAUUCGUCGCAACCGUCAAAGAAUUUCAUACCUACACAGGUCAAGAUCUGGCGAGGCAAUUCCGGGAAGAGGUCAUGCAGCUGGUGGAAAAAAGCCAUGGCCGGGCGUCGAUCCCUACAAUCAUUGCCCUUGUCCUUGUGGACUGGUCAGCCAGCAUUGCAGGCGACGAGGCCAGCGCCAAAAUGUACCGCUUCAUGGCGUGGGAAAGGUACAAACGCUUCAAACCGGAGCGACGCUUCGCCCAGCUCAACAAAGAUGAUCCCAAUGAUGCAAUUGAGAUGCUCGUUAUCUCGAAAGCUGUGUGGGCCAUAUUCUUGAUGGAGAGCCGCGUAUCAUAUUUCUACAAUUCAACCGCAGAUAUCCCACCACCGUCAAUACCUAGGUUAUUCGACAACUGCGGACGCGACGCACUCGAGCCCCUGGGCAACGUCGACGUUCUUGGUCGACCCCAUCUAGAAUCCACAAACCUGAUACCAAUCGUUCCCGGAAUUGCAACGGUCGUAUGCGAUCUCGCCAGGCUGCAGUACGAUGUCAUGUCGUACCUCACGUCUGGCAGCACUAUCAAAGGAAGCAUCGAAGAUGUAAGGCGGAAGAAGCAUUGGUACUGCAGAUUGCAGGAGUUCAGGGAGGCGUUGCCCAGACGCUUUAAGAUGGAAUACAAUUUUACUCCUGCAACCUGCUUCUUGAGGAUGCAUGAGAACGAACUAGCCUAUGCCGUCCUACAGUCACUCAGCCCAUCAACCAUUUUCGACACUCCCUUCACCCCGCACUCAACAACCGUGAAGUCCCUCUGCCUCCAGCACUGCAUCUCCGACACAACCCUCGCAGAAGCAUACCUACAACGCUACUGUACUCACUCGUACAUCACCCGCGUCAUGUUCGUGGCGAUGCAACACCUCAUGCCCUACCUCAAUGAGGGCCACGCUGCCACAAACGACCUCUUCACCCGCCUCUGUAUGAUGGGCGGUAUCUCGGCGCGCGUCGUCCGAAUGUCAAUGUACCUCCUUCAAGCGGUGCAGGCCAUGGCCUGGGCAAUGAAGCAGGACAUCCCGGCCAGCGCGAGGCCGUACCUCGACCCCUGGGUGAAGCUGGCAAUCCAGGAGAGUGAGACCAAGGCACCGAGCUACGCUGUUCCGGACCGCGAUGAGAUCAAGGCCCUUCUGGCCGAUGAUGAUUCGAGCGAUGGGGGAUCUGUCGAGAGCGGCGCUGAACUAUGGGCAUUGGUGGAGAAGUGGGCUCUCAGCACCGGGAAGGGUCUCUGAUGAUGUGUCCAUGUAGUCCAUGGAGAGCCUGGCGUUUCGGAUUGGUUUGCAUGGCAUAUGGCGCGAGCGUGUUUAAUCAUGACGGGGAGAGAAGGGUUUUCUUUUGAGCAUUUACCGUGCCCGCGGCGGUCAUUAGCGGAACAGAGAUUUGGGCUGCGCGAGCUGCCAUUGUUACUGCCAGAGUAUGACCGAAAGCUGAUUCGGCAUCGUGACAGUGAAUAUCAA